AAAGUUUUAAACAGUUUGCCGAACGAACGCCUUCUUCAUUUCUACCACAAACGAUGUUUUUGGGGUUGAAGCCAUCUACAAAUCAAACUAAUUUUAUUUCACUUCGCUAGUAAAUUUGUGACGAAUUCGACUAUAUAAACGUGUACAGGAUUUGAAUUUAAUUAUAAACAUUUAAACACUUGUUCUGUCAACACAUUCAGUGACAAACAAUCCUAAAGGACUCAAAUAGAUAAAUUCAAUUUUGUGAUUUAAUAUUUUUGUAAAAUCAAACAUACAACUAAUUAAAAUGGCUUUAAAGAUUGUUAUCUGCCUAAUGGCUAUUGCCCAUAUUGCUAUCGGUGUUGAAGUUAAAGAUGAACCCGACUAUGGACCAGUUGCCUAUGAAUUCCAUUACUCCGUCCACGAUCCCCAUACCGGUGAUAUCAAGAGUCACAAGGAAACACGUAAAGAUGACAAAGUUGAGGGUAGCUACGAAUUGAUUGACUCCGAUGGUUAUCGUCGUUUGGUUAAAUACAAGGCUGAUGAUCAUAUUGGUUUCGAAGCCAUCGUUUUGCGGGAACCUACCGAUAUUAAGAUUCCUAUUCCAGAACCUAAAAAAGUAGAAGCAGCACCUGUAGUACAUUAUGCCUCAAAGCCAGCGCUGAAGGCAGUACAUGCUCCCGAUUAUGGCACUUUUGUUUCAUAUACAGGAUCCUCACACAAUUACAAAUAUUAAAAACAAGUGUCAAUAGCAAAAAGAAGAGGAAUAAGACAACAAACAAGCUACCAAAAUCUAGUAAAUUGAAUGGAAUUGAUAAAAUGACAAAUAAUUAGAUAAGGAUUAUAUUAAAAUAUUCUAACUUACCUAAGAUAAAUUCAUUCAUUCAAACUCAAUCACACAACUUAAGUAUACUUUUUCUUUUUAUUAUCAUUAAUACUUUAAUACGCCAUACCCUUUAUCCAUCCAUUUGUGCCUCCCUCUUAGUUUAUUUGUUUCCAUCCUUCUCUUUUUAUUCCCACAAUCAUUUUUCAUCACCGUAUUAGUAAAAUAUGUACUUAAACAUCCCACUAUUAGCCCAUUCUUGAUCACUGACAAAUCCUAUGAAAAGUACACUGUGAAUAAUGCAAUUUACAUUAUAUUAAAUAGUAAAUUUUUUCUACUUGUAUGAAUGUAAAAAAAUAUUAAAUUUAGAUUUUAUUAAAUAAGAAACAAAAAAUAUUUGUAAAUAUAAAAAUAAAAAAAAUAUACAAUGGAACUGCAUGGUAUAAUGUGCAUUCUUCUAUAUAUGAAUAUAAA